UGUCAAAGGAAGCUUUCCUAAAACACGCGGCUUUCAAUUGAUAAGAAACACCGCUAGUGAUCGAGUUUGGAAGAGAAUGAAAUGGUACAAACAAGUUGAUUUCCCGAUGGUAAAGUUGAGAAGAUGCAGGUAAAUUGGUGCAAAAAGCUGAAGUUGGUGAAGAGAAUAUUGGGUCCAUGACAUGAAUUUUACAGGCCAAGAAAUAUUCAUGGCCACCAAGUGUUUUAAAUCCAUGCUUAUCAUAUUGUUCCUGCUCCUCGGGUUAACAUCGUCAGCUGUUCCAUAUCUAAGCAAAGGUUCGUCUCUGUCUGUGGAGAAUCCAGGUGAUGUUUUGAAAUCGGGUAACGGCGUGUUCUCCGCUGGCUUUUACCCCGUCGGCCAAAACGCUCAUUGCUUCUCCAUCUGGUUCACCAAGCCUUGCCAUGACGGCAGUCACACUCUAGUUUGGAUGGCAAACCGGGAUGUGCCUGUUAAUGGAAAGCGAUCAAAGCUGUCCAUACUCGAAACCAAUGAAAUCAUCAUAACCGAUGCCGAAUCCGUAAUCUGGACGAGCAAUAAGUCAGUUAUAGAUGCCUCUUGGUCGCAGUUGAAUCUCCUUGAUUCAGGUAAUCUCGUUCUCCAAACUCGAGACAAUCUUACUCUUUGGCAAAGCUUUGAUUCACCAACUGAUACGCUUCUCCCUGGACAACCCCUCAAUCAAUACAAAAGGCUAGUAUCAGCACGAAGCCGAGCUAACCAUUCUUCAGGAAAAUACAGGUUGUUGUUUGACGAUGAUAAUGUUCUUCGUCUUGUCUUGAAUGGUUCCGACACAUCCAGCAUCUACUGGCCGGAUUCAACCAUCUUGGACUACCACCAAGGCAGAACUAGAUACAAUUAUAGCAGAACCGCAGUGUUGGAUUCUUCAGGCCAUUUUACAUCUUCUGACAAAAUGGAGUUCAGAUCAAGUGAUUUUGGUAUUGGACCUUGGAGAAGAUUAACCCUUGAUUUUGAUGGUAACCUUAGAUUAUACAGUCUCGAAGAACAGGGGGUUUGGUUUGUGACAUGGCAAGCUAUGUCUAACUCCUGUAGGAUUCAUGGAGCCUGUGGACCAAAUAGUAUAUGUAGCUAUGAUCCACGUUGGGGUCCCAAGUGUGGUUGUCCCCCAGGGUUCAAGAUGAAAAACCAUGCGGAUUGGAACGAUGGGUGCGAACCAGAAUUUGAGCUUUUAUGUAAUGAUGAUGUCAACUUUGUUCAACUUCGUCAUGUUAACUUUUUUGGCUACCAUUACGACAACCUCCGGAAUUACACCUUCCAGGAGUGCCUCAGAGUUUGCUUGGAUUCAUGUUGUAAAGCUUUUCAAUAUAGAUAUUUCCCAGAAGAUGGUGCCUAUCGCUGUUACUCAAAAUGGGAAUUGCGCAAUGGUCAUCGUUACAAUAGCUACAGUGGAACCCUUUACUUGAAACUCCCCAAAUCAUUCCCUUACAACAACAAACCUGUUCAGGAAUUUAAAUUAAAUUGCUCCAACAAGCAGACAAGACAAUUAGACAGACUUUAUCUUAAGAAAACAGGAUAUGAAACAUUGAAUAUUUUGAUUUGGUGCGCUUCUAUAAUUGGAUUGCUUGAGUUGAUGUGCGUCUUUCUGGUGUUCGUUUUCUUGUACAGAACUGGGGAAAGUCCCGAUGCAUCGACGAUGACAUCAGGGUACCUUGUGGCUGCAACUGGGUUCAAAAGAUUCACAUACGGUGAGUUGAAAAAGGCAACACGCGGUUUUCAUGAAGAGAUUGGACGGGGAGGAAGUGGGGUGGUUUACAAGGGAGUUUUACCGGAUCAACGAAUUGCAGCCAUUAAACGACUUAAUAUUGAAGCGCAUCAAGGAGAGGAUGAAUUCCUCGCAGAAGUAAGCACAAUCGGCAGACUUAAUCACAUGAGCUUGAUUGAGAUGUGGGGAUACUGUGCAGAGGGGAAGCAUAGGCUUUUAGUGUAUGAAUACAUGGAAAAUGGAUCGUUAGCAAAUAACCUCAUGUCUAAUUCGCUUGAUUGGAAGAAAAGGUUGGAUAUUGCGGUGGGCAUCGCCAAAGGCCUGGCUUAUUUGCAUGAAGAGUGCUUGGAAUGGGUUUUGCACUGUGAUGUAAAGCCUCACAACAUACUCUUGGAUUCCACCUAUCAUCCUAAAGUGUCAGAUUUUGGAUUAUCCAAACUACUGAAUCAAGACAGUCCUAAAGGUUCUGGCUUCUCCAAGAUUAGAGGAACAAGAGGUUACGUGGCGCCUGAGUGGGUUUACAAUCUUCCCAUCACUGCCAAAGUCGACAUCUAUAGCUAUGGGAUCGUGUUGUUGGAAAUGAUGACAGGGAAGAACCCAAGUGUAGGUGUCCCUGUUGUUGGAACCAGUGGAGAGAAAUGGCACCAAAGGUUAGAAACUUGGGUGAAAGGGAAGAAGAUGGGUGCUUCUGCAACAACAUGUUGGGUUGAAGAGGUACUGGACCCUGCCAUGGGCUACGAUUAUGACAGAAAUGAACUGGAAAGUCUACUGGAGGUGGCAAUCAAAUGUACAGAAGCCGAUAGACAUGGAAGACCAUCAAUGAGCCAAGUAGUUCAAAUGCUUGUGAGGGGACGAAAUUGAUGCUUGUGAUGGAAGACCAUCAAUAACAUGACUGCAGGAGACCCUGACAGAUACGCCUCAGCAUCUUUUCAAUAAUCUUUCAACAUAUUACCUCUUUUUCAGUGUCGAUUGGUUUAUAUUCAAUGAUUCUAUUUUGACGUGAAA